AUGGCCACCUCGCAGCCCGCGAAGGAGAGCACGAAAUGGCAGGACAAACUGAAAGAUUACUGCUCCCAAGCCAAAGUGAACGACCCGGUCUACAAUCUCGUUUCCGAUCGUCGAGGAGGUCGCACGGCUUGGUCCACCUCGGUCACAGUUCAACACCCCAGCACUUUGUAUGUCUGCACAUUUUCGGCGCGGUAUUUCUACGAUGGUACAAACAAUGCCUAUGAAGAUGCGGCCGAGGUAGCCGUCAAGGCAUUGCCUCCCUUGCGUGGUUGA